AGGCAGGCAAGCAGGCAGGCUCGCUCCCGGCAGCCAGAGGCGCUCGGCUCAGCAGCACCUGUGGCGGCCAGAGCCGAGUUAGUUGGGCAAGUCGCUGGCUGGCUGGCGAGGGGAUGCCGCCGCCCGGGCAGGAGCGGCCGCUGCCGGUGCUGGGCGCGCGCUGCAGGACCCUGUACCCUUUCUCCGGGGAGAGGCACCGGCACGGGCUGCGCUUCGCGGCGGGGGAGCUGCUCACCGUCCUCCAGGCGGGGCCCGACGGCGGCUGGUGGGAAGGGGAGACCGCCGAAGGGCUCCGCGGCUGGUUCCCGGCCAGCUACGUCCAGCUGAUCGAGAAACCUAGGAAGGUCAUUCCUCAAGUCGGAGAAGACGCUCAAAAUGGCCACCUCCCACCUGGCUGGCAGAGUUAUAUGUCUCCCCAGGGGCGAAGGUACUACGUGAACACUUUCACCAAUGAGACUACUUGGGAGCGGCCAAGCAGUGUGCCUGGGACACCAAAGAGCCCUGUGACACAGAAGAACUCCUUGCCUACAGUGAAUGGGUAUCACAUACCAGGAACUUUGGUACCCCAACUAGAACCAAGCCACAUGAGUCUCCGCAAAGUCACCAGUGACCCCAGAAAUCCUGGGUCCCCCUCACCUACUCGAAAGCAGAACAAGGAGACCACGUUCACGAUAAACUGUGUGACGUUCCCCCACCCUGACGCAAUGCCAGAGCAGCAGUUGCUGAAACCUUCUGAAUGGAGCUACUGCGAUUAUUUCUGGACUGAUAAGAAGGAUCCUCAAGGAAACAGCACCGUCUCGGGAUUUGAAAUUCUUCUUCAGAAACAACUGAAAGGAAAGCAAAUGCAAAAAGAGAUGGCGGAAUUUAUUCGGGAAAGGAUAAAGAUUGAGGAAGAAUAUGCCAAGAACUUGUCCAAACUAUCACAAAACUCAUUGGCUGCCCAGGAAGAAGGGACGCUUGGAGAGUCUUGGUCUCAGCUGAAGAAAAGCCUGGCUGAUGAAGCAGAGGUUCACCUCAAGUUUUCCUCCAAGCUCCAGGCAGAGGUGGAGAAACCCCUUCUCAACUUCCGAGAAAACUUCAAGAAAGACAUGAAGAAGUAUGACCAUCACAUUGCUGAUCUGAGGAAGCAGCUGGUUAGCCGGUAUGCAUCGGUGGAAAAGGCCCGAAAAGCAUUAUCGGAGAGGCAAAAGGAUUUAGAGAUGAAAACACAGCAGUUGGAGAUAAAACUCAGCAACAAGACAGAAGAGGAAAUUAAGAAGGCUAGGCGGAAGUCCACCCAAGCUGGAGAUGACCUCAUGCGCUGUGUGGAUCUGUAUAAUCAAGCCCAGUCAAAGUGGUUUGAAGAAAUGGUGACCACCUCUCUGGAGCUUGAGAGGCUAGAGGUGGAGAGAGUGGAGAUGAUUCGGCAGCACCUUUGUCAAUAUACACAGUUGCGGCACGAGACAGAUAUGUUCAACCAAAGCACAGUAGAACCCGUGGAUCAGUUGCUUCAGAAAGUGGAUCCAGCCAAAGACAGGGAACUGUGGGUAAAAGAACACAAAACCGGUAAUAUCAGACCCGUGGAUAUGGAGAUAUAGACUGCUGUUACUGGUUGUAAGUGGUGGGCUCCUUGUCCCAGCCAUGUUCGAGAGAGUUCUGUAAAGCCUCAGGAGUAGGGAAAAGAGAGACGUUCUGCUGUCAGCUUCCUUAUAUAUUUAUUAUUGCCUGUAGGGACUAUUUCUGUCAUGUUUGAUCAUUAUUUCAUUUCCUGUUGUGCUUUGCCUUAAACAUCGAACAUUCCAGGUCUGAGAAGCCACGCUUUAUACUUCCUUUCAAAAAUGGGCUGUCAGCAGCCAAGCAGUUGCCGCACUCGUGAUAAGCUGCAGGGGUUGUUUUCUGGUACAAAGAGAGUUUUGCUAUUCAAUUGUGAUUGACUAUCUCAUGCUACUCCCCUUGCAUGAUGCUCUGUUUGUACAGCAAUGCUAAGACACAAUAUGCCUCUGCCAAACAAACGAGACUGGUGAAUUUGAACACGACUCUGGAAGGAGUGAGAUCUUCCUGAAUAUUGCCACUUAAUUGGAUGGGAAGGCGGGGGUUUGAGGAAAAUGCUCCUGUCCUCCCUUUACAAUUUAUGAAAUGGCAUUUAUAAAGCUAACCUACCUCACAGGGGUGUUGUGAGGAUAACAGUAAAACCUGUACAAUACGUAUUUUUUAACAAAUCCUGACUCCUAUGACUGCAGACUGCUGUUGUGAGGCCAUCUGUGAAAUUGUGUCUUUUUCAGUACAAAAGAAAAUGAGGUAAUAGGUCUGGUGACCUUUUGAAAAGGUUGGUCCUUCUUUAUAUACCCUCUCAGGUACUCACUGACUGUAGUCCACAAGCCACUUACUCUGAAUGGGUGGGAUUCAUCUAAUAAACCCUAUCAGUGGAAGCCCUGCAGGAGGGCUUCUGUUUUACAGCAGGGCUUUCCCCCCGUCUUCUCCUCCUGCACCCCCCAAAAUUUGGUUCUUGGGAGGCAAGAGGGCCCCCCAGAACAACACGGUGGGAGGGGGGAUUGUUCCAUCUGGCAAGCUGAUUUGCUUGUGUAGGCAGAACAUUUGUAACAGCGUGACAAUGAAUCCCACCCAUGGUCUCCUUGACUUUGCCAGGGACAAUUCCUGAGGAAACGUUCUGAGAAUUGCACACAUUUAUCAGCACUCUCCAGAAGAAAACCAUAUCCUCCAUUGAAUAGAUAAUAAGGCUACAGUGAUUAGGACCCUGAUGCUGUAGUCUUCAAAGAACUUUUUAAAUGCUUCCCUUGAAAGAUUGUAGCCAAAUCGAAUUAAUUAAAGCAUUGCUUGAGCUUUACUUUCCACCAAAUAACUUACGAGUUUACAGACUAUAUAGAUGGCAGAACUUCCUAGCUAAUGUGUCUUACCUCAAACAUGAGUUACCCAAAAGGUGGAUUUAUCCAAUUGCUCUCUGGUUGCGUCACGCCACAGCAACCUUCAAGUGGGACUUGCUCUUUGGGGAGGAUUUAACAGGCCUUUGGCUCCUGAACUCCUCCAUCAUGGCAGCCAUUUUAAAACAAGGAAUUCAGUCUGUGUCAAAUCUUUUCAGAAGACCGAGUUCCAUGUAGCUCCCACCAUGCGGUGAUAGCCAAAAAUCAACACGAGUAAAUUAGAAACGACUGUAUAAAUCCAGCCAAAUAUGCAUUCUGAAGCUAACAUUCUGAAGUGCAGCUCUUUUCGUGAAUGACGAUGGACCCAAUUGAUCCUGAGGUCCCAAAUGUUGAGAACUGUUGGAGAAGAACCACGGUGUUCUUUGUCCCUCUUUUUUCUUCAUUUGUCUUGCCUUGUCUUGCCUUGGUAUUUAUACAGAACAAAUAUUUCCCCUCUGAAUUUAUCUGAUCUCUUUUCGUUCCUCAUACUGCCAAGUGUUUUGUUUGAUCAGCUGUCAUAAGCAAAUGUGAGGAGCAGAUAGCCCUUUAUGUCCUUCCUGAGUAUUCCAAUAUUCUUUUUACUGGAAUGCAUAAGUCUGUACUAUGACCAGAUUUCACUGGAUAAAUGUUUUUAUUUUUUGAAUGACGAUAGGUGUUGCAGAUAAGUGGAGUUCCAUGAGCUCACUUUGGCCUGGGUGGGUUGAGGUGUAGGUGGGAGAGGAGACAUUUGUUUUGUUUGGUGCUGUCAAGCAAACUAUCCCAAUAAGUUACAACACAACUUCAGCUAAUUUGAACAUUCUUGCGUACUCUUCCCUUGCUUUACUUCCAGUGAAAUAUCAUUUCCCCCCUCUUUCUGUGUAACAUCAGGUUUCUAAUAGGAAACACAUUUCAUCUUUCCCCCCCAAGAAACUGACCAUCAAGGUUGCAAAAAAGAACAAUUUAUCCUGUUGGUAUGUGUGGGGAAAUUGAGACUUGGACACAUCCCAGCAUUAAAAAGAUUUCCAAGGCAUCCGUUCAAUUCUUCUUCCUGUUUUGAAAACCAGAGUCAUAUUUCCAUAUUCUGUGCAUCCUUCAACCAGCUUGCCAUUGUCUGGAGCAUCCCUCACUUGCCUUUUCCUGGCCUUCUCACUGUUUAGCAGUCUGCUCCCUGCAUGAUAUAGACCUUGUCUUCUCAUUUUCCUUCAUGUGUGUUCUCAGGUAUCAGCCAACAUAAGUGAAACUGCCCACACAAAUUGUGAAAAAUAACAGACCAUCUCUCAAAAUAUAUUUUAAGCCAUUGCUCCAUAAAUACUCAACAGCACCUGACAGAUUUUGUUCUCGUGUGUCUGCUGCUUUGCACCAAAUAAGAAUUGUCUCAUUUUUCUAUGUUCUGUAGUGACCUACACUUUAUCCUCCCGCUCCAUGUUUCUGGUGUCUUUCUCCUUUUUUCUUCAGAGUCUGGAGGUAUCACACUGCACUCUGCUCUACCAAUUUUACUUUGAGGAGCCACCUCAUUUAAAGCAAGCUCUCCCAGAGAUUGCUAAAGAUUAUAUACUGAUUUAGAAGUCUCUUUUUAUAAUGUGGCAGAUCUAUAAGGUAAUUGGUAAUAUGCUUGUGCUAGGUUUGUUUGUUUUGCUAUUUUUAUACACCAGAUACCUUUUUCUUCUGGGCUGACACAGCCUGUUUGCACUUUAAAAUUUCUGUCUUGCACCAAGUGGCACCCAUUGAGUUCUAAGAUUUGAGUGGCCGGUUCCAUUAGGUUCAAGCCAUUACUACUACCCUCUAACAUCCUCAUUUCCCCUUCCUUGUUCUCCUUAAAGCUCUCUUUUGCCAGGUAAAGUAGAUAUAGAUAUAGGUGGCUUCAAACAGGAGGGGGGCAAGCAGAGUGGGAGAAGGGGUUGUUGAGCCCUUUCCUUGAAAAUCCUGAAUAGACAAUUAGUUGGCAAAGAACAGAUGAAAUGGCCUCUUUCUUUGCCCUUCUGGUUCUCUGCAUAACCUGAUGCAAUGGAUAGUUGCUUUUCAUGACUUAAGAAAGCCUUUCAGGGGAAACAAUCACAGCAUUACAGCCAACCAUUUCACUGUAACCGUACAGCCAUUUUAUGUGUAACAUGUUUCUACUCAGGCUUGUCCUCAGAAACUUUCUUUGCUGUACUGCUUUAUGAUUUGUGCUUCGUUCUCAUCUAAACUUAUGGGCUCAAAACUUAAAAGGAGAUAGCUGUUCAAAUGAUAAUACUCUUUUAAAAGGAGACCAACAAAAAAAGUUCAGCAUGCCAAUUUUGUGAUGUUCUUUCUCUUUAAUUGAAGUUCAAAACCUCAUUGCCUCUGUUGAAUUCCUGUGCCAUCUCAGUGUUCUCACUGGAUGUCCUUGCUUUCUGGGUGCUAUUGACCACAUUCCUACUAUUUUUAUAUUUUAAAAAAUGACAUUUGUUAUAUGACUUGCAGUCAUGAGAUGGUUCGCAAGUGCCAUUCACACUUCAGGUGGUUCUUUUAUAUCAGUUCAUAUUUAACUUGAAUUUUCAUUAGAUUAGCCACUCAUGAACAGCCAAUUUUUUUUGCAUCUGUUUUCUAGCUGCUUAAUCUCAAUGUCAUUUUAACACAGAGUGCUCAUGGCUUAAACACUUGCCAACACUCAACAAUAUGAAAUAAGUCCUAACUGAUUUGUUCAGUUUUCCAGUUUCACAUAGGCGAUCAGCCUUCUUUAUGGUCCAGCUCUCACUUCCGUACAUCACUACUGGGAAAACCAUGGCUUUAACUAUACGGACCUUUGUUGGCAAGGUGAUGUCUCUGCUUUUUAAGAUAUACUCUGAGCAUAUCCAGAUGCAAAUCUGUGUUUUUCAGUACAAAAGAAAAUGAGGUAAUAGGUCUGGUGACCUUACGAAAGGGUUGGUCCUUUUUUAUAUGCCCUCUCAGGUACUCACUGACUGUAGUCCACAAGCCACUUACUCUGAAUGGGUGGGAUUCAUUUAAUAAACCCAAUCAGCAGAAGCCCUGCCUUUACAGCAGGGCUUUCCCCCCCAUCUCCUCGUCCUGCACCCCCAAAAAUUUGGUUCUUGGGAAGCAGGAGGGCCCCCCAGAACAACACGAUGGGAGGGGGGGAUUGUUCCAACUGGCAAGCUGAUCUGGAAAUCCUUUUAUCUGAUGGGAUGCUGUAAUUGAAUACAGCCCAGUAAGUUAAAAGAUUACCCAUAGUUUAUGAAUAAAACCUAAGCACAGUGCUUGUCUUCCAUGCCAGACAUCCUUGUGUAGCCAUCUGCUGCUGCUAUAUUUCACACACACACCCUUUGUUCUGCUGGGGCACCUGUCUCUUCAUAAUUGUUGUAGAAUCUCAUUGACUUUAUUCAGGGACAUACUAGUUUUGUAUGCCACCUGUUCCUAAGACAUAGCUUUACUCUCGCUGAUAGAUGUAAUCUUUUACAGAACAAAUCUAUGCAUUUACUCAGAAGUAAGCCCUUUGUAAAGUAGGGCUUACUCCAUAGUUAGUAUUAUUGUUUUGUUAAGGUUGCAAUGUUUUCAUAAACACAAGGCCUCCUAAGCAAGACCUGCUAAAUCCCUGCUUCAAUGCCUGCCCUGGUGUUUUUAGGCAUUCAGGACUAUUCCGUAUGCUUUCAGAGUAUAUCGUCCAUAAGCUCAAUUUUGUGAACUGUGGAGAAGCUCAAGUUCUCUACAGUCAUCCUUCUAUUUUUGAUUUCCCCACCCCCUUCCCUCCCCUACAACAGGGAUGAAGUCACUAUUAAAAUUCUGAAUUCCUUCUCAUACAUCUGUUGUUCUGUCGUGUACUUUUUCCUACAUCCAGUUCAGAAUUUUGCCAGCUGCCCGGCCUCUGUAUAGUGUGAAAUGGGAAAGGAAAGCAAACUUUUCUGCUAUUUUCUGUCACAGACAAUGCGGGCUUGUUCUAGGCUUUGCUUAACAAUGCUGCUUGGGCUGCCUUCACAGCUGCAUUCUGAUCCAGUGUUCCAUUAUUAGCCAGGCUCUGAUGUGAAAACAGCACAGAAGUGCCAUUGUAAGGAUGGCUAUGAGCACAAAAGGGCUUACAUUCCCAUCUUUAAAAGGUGGGAGUAGGGGAAAAUGUGACAGGUGGGCAUAAGGGCACGAACCUGAGAAUACAAGGACGAAAGAACAUCUGAUGAAAUGAGCAGGCAACCAUUUUGAAAGGAGCAGGGGGCAAAAUGAUUCUUAAAACUUCGUGUAGAUUUAGCUUGCACAGCUACAUGGCAUGAGAUACUGAUAACUGAUCUAAGUUUGUUUGGCAGUUGCUGAUCAUAAGCUCCCUUUUGAUUCCCUCCCCCUCCCUUUUUUUCUUUCUUACAAAUUAAUUCAGCAGACCUAUAGAAUUUAGAGGCUGACUAGGAUAUUACUAUACGAUACAGUGGGGCAUGGGGAAGUGUAGCACAGAUGUAUCUAUAAUGCCCCAGAUUUGUUAUCAAGCAGGGAAAUAACAAAAUAUGCAUCUUGCAAGGAUUUUCGCCCCCAUAGCUGCAACAACAGUUGUGGAGGUGGGAUCAAGCAUCUAAAAUAAUCCCUCAUUGGGAAGUGUUGAGUGGGAAGCUUCUACACAUGGUACAUAUUUCCAUUAGAAACUAAUAGUGAUUUCAUCGUGCUAAAGUGAUAUCUUCUUCCAAAGAGUCCUGGAAAAUAUAGUUGGGUGAAAUUAUGGCGAAUUCUCUGUUAGAGCUAUACCUGGUCGUCACCUCAGAAGUACAGUUCCCAGGCUUACCUAGGAAGAGCGAAUGACGACUGUCAGAGAGGGUGAAAUCUGUAGUGCAGAUAUGGCCUUGAUUUAGGAGUGUCAGUACUUGUGUAUAUAAUGUGGAUAAAGAUAUGUGAAUAGUGUAAAUAAGUAGACUUUGUCCAGUCCAAUACCUUGAGCUCAGUAGGUCUCCAACAGUGAACAUUCGUUGGUUGCAUGAACUCGGAACUGAUUGUGCUCUAUCAGUACUUGCACCAAAGGUGUUGUCUCUCAGAUCCUGUCCGUAAAUCACAAUACAUAGUAACUAAGAUGUGUUACAGUGGAUUUUUUUAAAACCUCAAAGGCAUAGCAUGCAGUUGCAUCUGGCAGGCAAAAACGUAAAAGGUUCCCAGCAAUUUGACUAGUGUACACGCUCACAUUUAGCAUUAUGUAACCAUACACUGUGCCUGGAGGUGGCACUGCCAUGUAUUUUACAUUUUGCUGAUCUUGCAUGGGGUUCUCCUGCUUGACUUUUGUGUGACUCUAGUUUCCUUCACUUUUCGUAUAAGCAAGUCAACCAAUGUGUUUGUAGAACUGAUGGUUGUGUACGUCUGUUAAGGUGAUGUUUUGAGAGUCUUGCGGCCUUUGUUCAUUGCGGAGCAAGACAAUAGUUCUUUUAUCCCACAAUUGCUAUGAAACAAAGAAUACUGCACCCCAAAACUUGACAUUCCCAUAUGACUGGGACUUCAACUUACAUGGCAGUGAGUGCUCCUGAUGUUUAGUUUGAUGUCCAUUCAUUCUGUGCCCACUCAUACAUGCUUCAGAAUAUUUCGCUGUGGUCUAAUUUCAGACAACAAUUUUUGUCAGAUUUCCAAGUUGGGGUUUUGUCCCUACGCCUCCUGAAAACCUUCCACCUGCUAUCAGGAUUGGUACAGAUACUUUUUUAAAAAGUCGAUUUAGGUAACUACAAUUUUUUUUAAGUGCUUGGAAAUUUACUUUACAGCAAGCCUUUCUUGAGCCUCUGCUGUGUGUUCUACAUAAUUCAUUGUGAUAUGGUGGCUCCUUUCUAUGAUAUGUUCUCUGCUCAGCUGUCUUGGUUUGGUUAUGGUGUGAUCCAGAAAACCAAUGGUAUGCCAUUGAUUUCAGCAAGAUACAUAUCUUGCUGAUACUUUCUUAGUCCUUAUGCACUCCACGGUGCCAAAUACUGUUGAAAUCUAGCUAAAUGCUCUUAUUCUAACGUUCGGACCAUGUAAAAAUAAAAAAAUAAGAAGAACCUUAUUUGGAGGGGGCAGCAGCAGGAAGGCCAAUGUUUUGGAAGCACAGAGAAUUGGAAAUGAAGAGAAAUAGAAAAAAAUUCCCCAACUUAUAUUAAGUUGAAAUAUCUUGGGUAAGAUUGGUUUUAAUCUAGAAGGGAUGUAAAGAACAGACAUAUUUUCAGUUGUGUUCAAAUACUCAAUCUGAGAUAUUGGGGGGGGGGGCGUAUUUUCCUUUGCUGCUCUUAUCACAAGCAAACUCCAGGAAGAUCUUGCUGUAAGUCUAAAGCACAACCAGUUUGGGCAUUUUGAAUACCAACAGCAAAAUAAUAUUUUAGAGAUUACAAAUCCACCUCAGAUUAUUAGAUUUUACAUUUCUGAGCUCAUAGUCCACUCUUAAUAUAGUCCACUUUUAAUAUAGAAUUUUUUACAGUAUUAAUGCUAGUGGAAAAUCACAUAACACUCCUUGAAAAAGUGGUGCAGGGCCUUUUUUUGCCCUAGGUUGUGCCAAGUUUUGAGCGAGUGCCCAGUAACAUUUAAGCAGACCGAUUCCAAGUUUGGCAGCAUUUGUUUCAAACUGAUGUUCUUCUCUAGUGGUUCUGUUACAUAAGCACUGCAAGUGAAGAGGAUGCUUUUAAUGGAAAUUGUAAUGAACCUUUUGGAUGUUUGGGGUUUGUAGACAGUCGUAAUUUCACUCUGUCAAUAUUUUUAAAUCGGUUGACCCUAAUGUGCAUUGAAUACGGUUAGCAGAAAAACUCAAGACUACCUUCAGUGUUUGAGUACCCAAUUCAUCAUGUCUAUGUAGUAGCAAUAAUGUUUAUUGCAGAGCAAGGAAGUGAAGGUGGCUACAAUCUAAUGAAUAGCAAAGUGAAUUGGUUGCAAUCAAUGGAGCUUGCAGUUUAUGCAUGUUUACUCAGAAGGAAGUUUUCCCAAGAUAUGUGCAUAGGAUUGCAGCCUUAAACAUCCUUAACUGUGAUUGUUGACUUUGAUUUCUGGCAAAUAUAUCCUUGUGUUCCUUUCCAAAAUUGGUGUACACUGAAAUUUCUGUUACCUGUAUUUGGUUGUCUAUUUUCCCAGUGAAUCUGAAUUCACUGUGUGUCUCCCAUGUCAGAGUAGCCUUAUGAAAGCAACACUCCCUGUUAUCAAAACUUGUGUUUCCAAACACUGUAGGCUUAUCACAGGCUAUAUGGAUAAGCAAAUUCACAAUGUAUUUCUUUUUACCAUCCAUGAGUAAAUUGAAAGUGCACAAUUCAGUUUUGCAGAUAUAGAUUUGGAGGGCAGAUCUGGCCAGCAACUAGCUCUCCCCAAAACAGGUUUUUUUUAAAAAAGAGAUUUUAAAAAAUGGCAUUGCUUAUCUCGUCUUUUUAUCCUGUACCUUUUACUAAACACUUUCUAAAUUUUUACAGUCAAAUGUGUCCUCUACCAGCAGUAAUGGCUUUGAACUUUGUAAUAAUACUUAGCUGCAGAUUUUUGGGCUGACUAGACAUUUAAAAACUUAAUUCUACUGUAAGCUCUGUGUAUCAAUAACAGCAGUGAGCCUUUAAUCAUUGUGAAAACUGUUAAUGUGGCUUUUUUGUCCCAUGCAAUUGUAUGACUAAAACACUGCAGCUGAAGAGGUAAAUAAAUACUCGUUAAAAUUUAAGGGCCUUGUUGUCAGUUCAGGUAUGUCUCCUAAAUGUUAAUAUCACUGGAGUUGCACUGAUUUACCCCAUUUACAGAUCUAGCCCUUAAAUGUUGAAGGUAUUUGCUAUACAUUUUCCCCCCGUCUUAUGUACAAACAUUUCCAUAAACUUUGUACUUUCCUCUAUUUUAGCAAGUUUGUAUUAUGCACUUGAAAAGCUUUGUCUCAUCUCAUGUAAAAUAAACUGUACAGUCCAUUAAA